ACUCUGACUGCAACCGCAAACUUAAAAAUGUGCUGAACACAGUGUUCUGGCUCGGGAAGGCUGCCAGCGGUUGCGCCUCCUACAGCGGUCCCACUCUCAACCUGAAGGAGUUUGAAGGGCUUCUCGCUCAAAUGAAGGUGGAGAGUGAGGAAGGAGGGGAGAGUCCACAGAAGCGCAGCGUUAGAGACAGCGGCUACGACUGUUGGGACUCUGAGAGGAGUGAGUCUCUCUCUCCACCCCGACACACUCGGGACAACUCCCUCGACAGUCUGGACUCCUUUGGCUCCCGCUCGCAGCACAGCCCUUCUCCUGAUGUGGUGAAUCGAGGCAACAGUGAUGGACGAGGCAGUGACUCGGAGGCUGACGCUCCCGGCAGGAGGCCAGAUGUGCGGAAGGAUGACAUGUUGGCCAGACGGACGGCCAGCAGUGAAUCGAGAAGCUCCGUUCCUUUUAACCAGUUUCUUCCCAACCGAACCAACGCCAGUUCCUACAUCCCGACUCCGCGGCGAAAACCGCAUACAGAGGAGGGAGAACAGCGGAGUCACCUUCAAGCCACUGCAGAGCAGAGCAGAAGAGCUGGUCUGCAACACAAAACCCACAAGACCGUCACUUGGGCGCCUGAGAACAAUGGGGAAACACUAAAGCAUGAAGAGGAGAAGGUGACCCGGGAAGUGGUGGAGCAGAAGAGGCUGCAGAUGUUGGAGAAGGCUGGGAUUAAAGUUCUGCCUGCUGCUGUUCGUUACAGCAGCCCUCCCACAAUGGAAGAACCAGAAGUGAGGACAGAGCCCCCGAACAUCAUCCUUCGCUGCGAGAACGACUUUUUGAGCUCUCAGAAAUCUGCGUGGGACUGCUCCUCUGAUGGGGAAGAGGAGGCAGAGGUGCGGAAACUCCCGGAUGUUCGUAAAGAUGACCUGGCAUCCAGACGAGCUCGUCGCGGCCCUGUUGCUCCCAAGGUGCAUCAGUUUGUCCCUCCACCUGUAUGUAGCGACAAAGACCGAGAGCGCUGGGAAGGCAUCAGACGAGCGUCGCAGCAAACGCUGCAGGAGAAGGAGAUCAGUGAGAAGGAAGCAGUCCCUGACAUCAUUACACGCAGAGACAACCCCUUCCUAAACUCCAUCCCUCGCCACGAGGAAGAGGAGGAUGAGGAGGCAGAGGAGGAAGAGGGAAAGGUUAAGGCGAUGCCUAAUAAGCAGAAGGAUGACCUGGCUCAGAGGCGGGCUCAGAGUAGGCCCCUCCCCCACAGGGACGGACCAAUGAGCUUUGUUUCUGCCUCCAUGAGCCAGGCAGACAUGCAGAAGUGGGAGAGACUCAAGAUGACUGAACCCAGUGAGGCUAGCCCGCCCCUGGUUUGUCAGGCUUGUCUGGGAGAAAAAUGA